AUGAAUACCCUGGUUUCAACUCUAAAAAACUCGAGGGUUGGCAAACUUCCUCAAAUUGGACUUAGGCUGGUAAACAAGCUUCAGGAAGGACACACAUCCGAGAAGUUUUGGCUCGAUUAUAUCGAAUUUGUUAGGAAUCCAGAAAAUUUCAGGAAACUAAGCCCUCAUUCAAAAUGUUUGCUAACGUGUGUUGUCACAAAGAUGGAAAGGGAUUUAUUUAAAAAGACCAGGUCCAGAGAUUUGGUACACUCAAUAUACUCGGAUGUUAUUAAUAAAAGGUCUAUUUUUAUGUUAAACCUGGAACUGAUUAACAUGAUUUUGGUUUCUUCCUACACACUAAGGAUUCCACUUUCAGACAACCAGCUGGAUUUGGUACUAUUAAGAGCAAAUGAGGACAUGUGCAAGAUUUUUAGUGAGCGUAAGGAGGGUGUCGGCGAGGAAGAUGAGCAAAGAUACAGGUUCCCUGUUGAGCACUCUGUGGCCAUAAUUCACUCUCUGGCAAGCCUGACCAGAUGUUUUCCAAGUCACCUUGAAAAGGUGCGCGACUCGGAUGCAAUAAACAGUGUUGUUAGCCGCUUAGAGUCGCUGCUGGGAUUUGUCAACGCCAGGGAGUUCUCCAUGAUACUUUUUUCCUUCGACAAGUUAAAACUCUUGACUGAUGAUACUGGAUAUAAAUUUUACAAGUUUGCUCAAAAGAUUGACGAUUUCGAUAGCCAGAGUUUGACAACGAGCUUUUACAUUUCUUCAAAUAAUGUAAAGUUGAAGAACUUGUUUGGUUUUCUAAUGCCGAGGGUCGAUUCGAUGAUUAUGACUGGUAGUUCGAGCGUUAACACUAGUCACAAUGUGGAUAACAGCAAUGUCGCAAGAUCGGCAUCUGAGAGGAAGACAUUGACAGGGAGAGAGUGCUGUAACAUAUUGUAUAGUCUGUUGAGGCGCAACUCGUUCAAGGACAGGCAUUACAGGUUCUUAGUUGAAAGAGCAGGCGACAUGAACCUGCAGGAGUUGUGUAACAUGUCAAGUCUGUUACUGUCAAAGAACUACCCAGUGGGAGACGAUUUUAAAAGAGUCUUUGUAAACAAGCUUGUUGGAACAGAUUUUAGUAAUGUGGUUGUUUUGGACCUUUUAACAAUUGCAAACUGUUUUCAUGCUUGGAAAAUAGAGAACGAGCUGGUUUUAAAAAGAAUGGUAGCCGGCAUUUGCAACAACGGUAACUUUAUUUUCGGCGAUAAAUCUGUGUUGCUGCUUCACUACCUGGUGCAGUUGAAAUACAACGAUUUGGGAUCGUUGCUUAAAUUGUUUGAUAAGGAGUUCGACUCAAGUAGGAUAACUACGUUUCAUCACAUACUGCUGUAUAAUUCCAUUAACACACUGAGAGUUCACUUGAACUGUGGUAGUCACGGACCAGGCGAGGAAGUGGAAAGUAGACUCAGCACUGACGCAAGUGUGCUGCAUAGCAUCUUAGAAAAGGUGCAAAAUAAACUGGCUAGUGUAAAUUUUGGAUCCCUGACUAGACUUGAUUUGUUGACCCUGGGAAAGUUCUAUAACCUUCAGAUUCUUGAAAGACUCGCUGAGUUCCUUAAGGAUGAUACUUGGAGUCACAUGGACAUUUGCUUGAACAUGCUUAAAUACAACUCAGACGCGGAGAUAGCAAAAAGGGUCAACAUGUUGAUCAUUAAUGUAGAUGCCGACAGGGCGUUUAUGAGAGUGGCUUCUACAAAUUCGAGGUCAAGGGGCGAUUUGAAUGGUGAAAUGAUGAAAUUUAACCAUUUUUUAACCAUGGUUGUCUUAUUAAAGAACAUUGAUGUCCUAAAAAGGGUUUUGAAUUCAGCUAUUGCAGCUAAGUGCUCUGACUUUGAGGUCAUUUUAUCCAUUGUUAACUCCUGUAAGAAAUUGCACUUCCUGGACGAAAAUGUGAAGAAACUUUUGGAAUCGCUCGUUAAAUCAUUCCAUAGCAGUGAAUUGCUGGGAUAUUUUAGCUGUGUUGAUGCUCUUACAAGCGUUAAAUUGUACAAUGUUAAGAACAUGAUUUCCGAUUUUGUAAAUGUUCUGUACCACUUCGACUAUCGCAAUGACUCAAACGUGUAUGAUCACAGUCUCAGUAGGUCCUUAAACACUCUGCAUAUAGAGAGCAUUUACUCAUUAACCAAUAACAAUAUCAAUAACAACCGUGUUAGUGUUAGCAAUAGCAUCAGUGGUAACAUUGAUGCAAAUACGCCUUUAAAGGUAGCUAAAAAGAAUGUAGUUGGAUACACCGACGGUGGAAACGCAAUAGUUGAAUGUAAAAUAUUGGAUGAUAGAACCAUUUAUGAGUCACUUCUGGUUAGCAUAUCUAACUUGUGUUUUAACGCAGUUGUCCACCCCUCUGUUCUAAUGAAGUUUAUUAGGCAUCAUAUUCACAGUUUGAAUGCUAAAUCGCCCACUAUUCUAAAGUGCCUGGCCACGGACACGAGUAUUUUGAAACAUUUUACUCUAAGAGAGUUGCUUUUUAUCAACGGCAUUCAGCAGCGCACUUAUACACACCUGAUUGAAACCAAUGAUGUUCAUACUAGUGUCCUUGCUACUUUGGUUAAUCUAGGGAUUAAUUCGGUGGCAGAGUACCAGGUGCUGGACUAUCGCAUCGAUCUACUAAUAUUGUAA